UCUUAUCCUCCAACAUACAUUACAUGGCUCUCCUCCUCAUUUUAAUUUGCAGAUAAACAAAUUUUGAGGUUGUCCUCCUCCACCCAACCGAUAAGGGGAGAGCGGAGCAGGAGAGCAGGAGAAGAGAAGGAGCAGGAGCAGGAGCAGGAGCAGGAGCACUCACCGAGUACAAGUAGCAAGCAAGCGUCCCCACCUCCUCCCUGUUAGGUUACUGCUGCUCUGCUCCCUCUGGCUCUGACUGAAGAGCAUCAAUGGCGAAGCCCAUCUCCAUCGAGGUGUGGAACCCCAGCGGCAAGUACCGCGUCGUCAGCACCAAGUCCAUGCCGGGCACCCGAUGGAUCCGCCUCCUCACCGACAACGACUGCCGCCUCGAGAUAUGCACCGAGCAGAAGACUAUCCUCUCCGUUGACGACAUCCUCGCCCUCAUAGGUGAUCGCUGCGACGGUGUCAUCGGACAGCUCACAGAGGACUGGGGUGAGGUGCUCUUCUCUGCGCUCAAGCGCGCCGGAGGGACAGCCUUCAGCAACAUGGCCGUCGGAUACAACAACGUCGACGUCCAAGCUGCCAACAGGAAUGGCAUCGCCAUCGGCAACACCCCUGGUGUUCUGACGGAGACGACGGCUGAGCUUGCGGCCUCGCUCUCGCUGGCGGCCGCCCGGAGAAUCGUCGAAGCCGAUCAGUUCAUGAGGGCUGGCCUCUACGACGGAUGGCUCCCGCACCUGUUCGUGGGGAACUUGCUCAAGGGGCAGACCGUUGGAGUGAUUGGAGCAGGCCGCAUUGGCUCUGCUUAUGCUAGGAUGAUGAUCGAGGGCUUCAAGAUGAAUCUCAUCUACUACGACCUGUAUCAGGCCACACGCCUUGAGAAGUUUGUCACAGCAUAUGGGCAGUUCCUGAAAGCAAACGGUGAGCAGCCUGUCACAUGGAAGAGGGCCGCCACCAUGGAGGAUGUCCUCAGGGAGGCCGAUGUGAUAAGUCUGCAUCCGGUGUUGGACAAGACUACUUACCAUCUUAUAAACCCGGAAAGGCUGGCCAUCAUGAAGAAGGAGGCGGUUCUUGUGAAUGCAAGCCGAGGGCCGGUGAUCGAUGAAGUUGCGUUGGUGGAGCACCUCAAGGCGAAUCCUAUGUUCCGCGUUGGUCUUGACGUCUUUGAGGAUGAGCCUUACAUGAAACCUGGACUGGCUGAGAUGAAGAAUGCCGUCGUUGUGCCUCACAUUGCAUCAGCCUCCAAGUGGACACGUGAAGGGAUGGCGACACUUGCUGCUCUCAACGUUCUUGGGAAGAUCAAGGGGUACCCGGUCUGGGGAAACCCCAAUCAGGUGGAGCCCUUCUUGAACGAGAAUGCGACGCCGCCGCCAGCUUGCCCGAGCAUCGUUAAUGCCAAACAACUCGGCCUGCCAUCUGCAAAGCUUUAGGCCUGCCAUGUUGCUAUAUGCCUUAUGGCAUGGCUUCAGCUGGAGGGUGAGGUGCAGCGCUUGCAGUCAGAUCAAUAACUUUGGAUCAGUUACGGUCCCGGAGCUUAAUUAUAUAUAUAGAUCGAAUUCAGCUUGGGGUUUGGGUAACAAUAACAGGCAUGCAACUUUUGGUCAAUCUAAUGUGUAAGUAUAUCUCUUUAAGUUUUCAGCGUUGAAUACAACACGAGUACUCUUUAUGUA